AUGUGGACGCACGGCCGGGGCGGUCACCCGGCGCUUCCGGCUCUGGCCCGUGUUGCCUUAACCUUGUCUUCAGACGCUUACGGUUAUUACAUUCACUGCAAUGAAACUUUUUUCCCUAAAGGAAAACUAAUUUCCUUGGAGUUAUCUUGUCUAUUUGCGCAUACGACGAGAGCCUGCUCCUUGGGCAUGACCGCACCUCCCGGAGUGCACGUUCGGCUCGGGACCGCACUCCGAGGUCCGACUCCCGAGGAGGUCGAAUCCUUGGACGCGGUACGCGAAGAGGCGACGCGCAGGUACGUCGCUCGACUCGCGCCCAAGUCUGGGGAGCCCACGCACGGUAAUCGCGACAUACCGGACGAUGGCGUGGGGCAAGGGGAAGAAGACGGCCGCGUCGCGGCCGCGAAGGGCCGCGACGCGAAGAUAGAGAAGAGCGGACCCGCCGGAGGGAAGGCAUCCUCGGGAAACGGGGCGCUGACCAAGCGUUUCGACUCGCUCAAGAUUGGGGGGCAAGCCCGACGGGGCAAAAACGGGAGGUCCGGCUCGGCGCACGACAAACCCGAGCGAGGCCACGACGCGGGCGCGGGCGCGGACUCCGGCACGGCGCCAUCCAAGGUGAGCGUCGGGACUCUCAACGCGGAGGUGCGCCGCGCCGCUCGCGCGUACAUAGAGCGUCGUGAAUCGGAGUUUUGGAUCGAGGCUAAAACUCGCGAGGCUGGUGCUGUUGAACGCAGCGCGCAGAGGGUCUUGAACAACGAGUUACUCGAGGCUCGGCUGCGCGCCUGGCCGCUGGCCCGCGUACUCGGGGAGGUGGAGUCGGCUUACAGGGCUGCGUUGAGCGAGCGCGAGGAAAACUGGCGACGCGGUGUAAGGAACGCGCCCAGGCCCAACUCAGCGCCCCAACCAGAGCCGGAUCUGAACCCCGCGGUGGACGCACGGAGGGACGUUAGCUUUGCCGAUCCCGAAGCGAUCGAGCCGGCGGAGGAACGCGAGGCCGAUCCUGAAGCCGCGCCAGAGCCAGAGGCUGACGCAGAGGCUGACGCAGAGGCUGACGCAGAGGCUGACGCAGAGGCUGACGCAGAGGCUGACGCAGAGGCUGACGCAGAGGCUGACGCAGAGGCUGACGCAGAGGCUGACGCAGAGGCUGACGCAGACGCCGAACCGGGGAUGGAAGCAGAGGUAACGCCCGAGGGUGAAGCCAAGGUUGAGUCCGACGCAGAGGCGCAGAGUGAGGCGGAACCCGAUUCUGAUGCAGAAGCUGAAGCCGAAUCCAAGCCAGAGCCCGACGCAGAAGCUGAAACCGAAUCCAAGCCAGAGCCCGACGCAGAACCCGAUGUAGAGGCCCAGGCUGAAUCCGAAUCUGAUGCCGAUGUUGAGCCUAAGACAGUUGCCGAUGCAGAGCGUUUCGAAGCUCCCUCGGGAGACAUUGCGUUGGGGUCUGAGUUUGAGUCGAUCCUUGAUCCACAACCCGAGCCCGUGGAACCCUCGCUCAAAACCUCAGAAGAGGAAUUACCGGAGGGUGUCGAACAUCGCUUCAUCGAUGACGACGACCUCGACCUCGAGAACAUUGAUCAACUCAUCUUUGAGACGGCGCGCUCGCUCGCUCGAGCGAGGCUGAGCCGCGGCUCCAAGAAGGUAACCUUCCGCGGCGACGAUAGCCGGGAGUCACGCAUCAGGGCGUCCAUCACAAAGCAGUAUAUCAAGACGAUUCAGGCGGGCGUGGGGUACACCGGUGACGCAGUGGACACCAAAAACCACCGCAAGUCUGACCUUGAGAUGCAGGGUCUCUUUGACAAGUGGGACACUGCGACGCGCAGGUCGCACGACCGGGACGGUGUUGGAUGGGACGCAAUCAAAAACAGGGGCAUAGUGGAAUCCAAGAAGAAGAUUGCACAUCGAUCAUCCGCUUCAAGCGAUGAUACCAAUGGUGACGGCUGUGUCAAUCGAGAAGUCACGGACGUGUACGCGGAAAGUUGCAAGGAGCGCCGGUGCAUUCCCAACACCCGAGCGUCACAAGGUUUGCAGAUGCGCGAGUGCAAUCUGUGUCAUGCGGGUCUGGGUGAUGAUGGCGUCGCGGCACUUUCAUUGGCGUUGCAGAUGUGUACUUCUGUGAUUAGCCUCGACCUGAGGGACAACAAGCUCGGAUCAGAGGGUUUCAGGGCAGUCGCGCACGGACUGUCGAAGAAUCCACACGUGAAGAUUUUAAACCUGUCAAACAACCCUGGACCCGGUCGCGACGGGGUCGCGGCUAUCGGGCGGGUGCUUGACCCUUCUUUCCUGGCUCAGCCCGCCGUCGUGGAACUGCGCCUCGCUAACUGCAACCUUUCAGACGCCGAGGGCGCGAUGCUGCUGCAUGCGAUGAGGAGUAAUGACAGCGUCCGCGUCCUGGACCUGUCCAACAACAAUCUUGGUCUGCAGACAUCGAGAGCUAUGCGUGCCUUUGUCGAGGAUAAUCACACGUGUGCUUACUUCGACUUGAGCGGCAACAGUUUUAACGCCGAGUGCGCGGGCGAGAUCUCGAGUGCCCUUUCACUGAGCCGCAGUCUGUCGUAUCUGUCCUUGGCUGCAAACGGUAUUGGCGAUGUCGGGGCUUCUCGCAUCGCAGAUAUGAUCGCCAAAAACAAAUCCAUUGAAGAUAUUGACCUGAGUUCUAUACGUAUGGGACCGGUGGGCGCUGCUGAGAUUGCUAAAGCGCUCGAGGGACAAAACGUGCAUCCCAUGCGACACGUAUACCUCGAUAACAACCCCAUGGGCGCCGAGAUUAGCCAGAGGCUUCUGUCGCUUUCACGACGGGCAGCCGGAGUCACGGUAUCGGAUGACAAUGUGGCUGGGGAGAAUGCGGAUCGGUUCCAAGUUGAAACCGUGACGCUCACUGGGGUCACGCUCGAGUCGCUGGAGUCCCGACUGGUCGCAGGAUUGAAGCGACGCGACGAGGAAAACAAAGCGGCGGUUGCCGCUGCCGGGAAAAAGCCAAAGAAGGGCAAGGGGAAGAAGGAAGGAGGCAAAAACGCAAAGAACGCGGACGCGACAGGGCUGAUUCUCGAGAGCAAGUUUGCUGCGAGCGGCUACGGCGCAUUCGAUCCCGAGCGGCCGGAUGGGCGCUACCGGCUGGACCUCGCCAAUCCAAUUGACCUUGACGUGGCGACCAAGCUGUGGACGAUGGAACGGGACACCGACGCUGCCGCAUCUUCGCAAUCAACGCAGAGCCACCGAAGGCAGCGCAUCGUCAACGUGAAAUACCAGGGCGACUGCAUGAGGGAUGAUCCGUUGGCCAUCGGCUGGCCGGACCACAUGCCCGCACACGGCAUCCUCGAGAUGGACUAUGUCACCCACGAGGGCGCGCCCGCUGGGUCUGAGCUCGUCUCCGCCGAUGACUUUGAGGGCCUUCGCAGGCGGGUCGCUCACCCGCUGGCCUCGCCGGAGGAGCGCCUUCGCAUAAUUCAGGACGUGGUGUGUCGCAACUUUUUCCUGCGACCCACCGACGCAGAGGCUCUGCUCUGGGAGAUGGAGAGUGGAGCAGAGCGCGUCGAGGCACUCGCAGCUAUGCUUCCGCGAAUCCUGUUUGACUCUCCUGGAGACGAUGUUCGUCGCAUGCUGCGGGGACUGACGCAGUCCGAACAGAUCAGGUUCAUGCGCCGCGUUGGAACAGCGGGCGCGCAUUACUCUGGACCCUUCAGUGAUAUAAAUCCCACCGGACACUACGAGCUCGAUUUAGGGAUUGCCGCGCAACGCGCAAUAGUUGUGAAACUUGCGGAGGUCAGUUUGAAAACUCAGGGUGAAGACGGUGGGGCUGAUGCAGUGGGGUCGUCCUCAAUUCCGAACUGGCGAAACGUAGCUUAUGACGACGUGUCCGUGGCUGUGGCGUGUUCCCUGCCUGAGAUUCCAGGCUCAUCGGGUCCUUGGAUCAAGCCCGCGCGGGACGUGCCUAAAUCAGGCAUCAUUCGGUUCGAUUACGUUGCGACCAAAAAGUCAUACCGUCAUCCAAAGACCAACGAAUACAUCGACGGCGACGCGCGACUGACCUCGGAUGAGGUCGAGCGGCUUCGCGACGAGCUCGCGCUCGAGGUGGGCCGUGGAAACCGGGCCGGUUACGUCGGCAGAGGAGGGAUCGGCGGCGGGGACACCAUGUGCGAUUUUAGGGCGGUCAUCGCCCAUCGAACAACGACGUGCGCAGAGGCGGCGAUGAUAGUCAGUCGCAUAAAUUGUGCCGAGACAAGAUGCGAGGCGGCCGUCGCGCUGUACGGUGUGUGCGUUGACGUCGACGAGGAAGAGUGGUGGCGAGUUGUGGCGCAGCUGGGUGGGGCAGAGCAAGCAAGGGUUUGUGCUAGGCUCGGUGUCUGGCCAAAGGCUCCUUCUUCCCUGUCCAGAUGUGUGCCGGAGGCACCGGAAGAACCCGAACUGGAGCCUGACCCAGAACCAGAGCCCGAACCGCAGGCAGAGUCAGGUCCUGACGCUAGCGCGGUGGAGGCUUCAGGGGAAAUAGAGGGAAGCGCCGACGCUGAGCUCGAGGAGUUUGAAGCGCUGGAGAAGGCCGCCGCCGAGGAGGCCGCCGCCGAGGUCAACGGCGUACCCGCAGUCGCAACCGAUGUCGCCGACGAGGUGCAAAACGACAUCGCACAGGACGAUGCGCCUGCAGAAAAUCCAGAAACCGCGGGGGAGGGUGCCGAUCCCGCCGAGGGAGAGCCACCUGCUGAAGACGAUGCGGCGGGGGCGGAGGAGGAUGAAGAGGAAGACGAUGACUCAGAUGCCGAUUCCGAGCCCGAGCCAGAACCCGAGCCCGAUCCCGAGCCCGAGCCUGAGGAUGACCCACCCGUGAUGCGUUCGAUGUCCAUGCGCUACUCCCUGGACCUCUCCGAUGAAGCGCAGCGCGACAUUCUUCGCGCUGCCUGCGAGCAAGCCGCGAACGGAGAGAUUCCGUGGCGGUGCUUUCGCAACCUUCGCGUCAACGGCGCGCGGACCGACGCCGUCAAGCUCAUCGAAGAGCGAAAACUCAAACGUGCAAAGAAACGAAGAGCGUCCGACGAUCCUGCCGACCUGGAGACAGUCGCUCCAAAUGAGCUUUUUGAAGCCAUCACGGUUGACACCGCCGCGGCGAUUGUUGAUUUCGAUUUUUUCGGCGCAGACGUUUGGGACCGGGUCAACGUCGAGCCAAUGUCCGGCGACUGGGUCGGAGAUCGGAGCGAGCAACACUGGGUGCUCGAUCAUGGCUAUCUCGACGGCUACGAGCUCAGGCUCGAGGCUGAGCGAGUACGUUGUGGGCAUCCGUACCAUCUAUGGCUGCUCCUGAAUGAUUCGGUUGAGGGACGCGUGACGCGAUCGGCAUGGACAGCGCCGGAUGGACGCCUGCGAGCCGUCGAAACCUCCGUGACGGGUCAACUCCUCGCGGAUACCGCAAGCCUGGCGUUCCAGAAAGACUGGGACAGAUCGAUGCUCGCUGCAGCACGACGGGAGAGAUCCGCCGCCGCGAAGGAUUUGGCUUCUGACUUUGACUGCCCGCUCCGCCAGUACUGGCGGGCACUCGGGCCGGACGUAGAGGGACAACCGGGAAACAGGAAGGUUUCGACCGCAAAGACCGCGAUGGGAGAACUUUCUCUCGCCACCGGUGGAGUCUAUCCAACCGAAGAGCGGGUCUUAUCCUGCUGUGCCCUCACGGAGGAAUCGGCUGCGGCUCGGGCAAAAUUCCAGUCUUCGCUUGACGAGUGGAUGGCGAGACAUCCGGAUGAAACCCCGGAACCGGUGUCCGACAAACGCGUCGCGGAUGCAAACAAAGCUGGGAAAUCUGACGGCGCCACGGGGGAGACGGACGAUCCGGCGCCGACGAUGCCCGCGGUUGAGCGGAUGCUGACAUGGCGAGCUUUUGAAGCGCUAUUCAUGACGAUGGACUUUUCACCCGAGCCGUGUUCAAGCCGCUUUGAGCCCCCGGAGGAUGCCCCGUGGUGGUUCGAGCCUGAACCUGCACCCCAGUCCGAACCCGGGCAAAACGAAGAUGCCGAACCAGGUCCGGAGCCGGCGGCGACUCCGAAGAAGGGUGGUAAGGGUGGCAAGAAGGGCGACAGGGCUCCAAACGAAAUUCCCCCGCCGCCGCCGGAGCCAGACACCCCCGUCCCUGAGACACCCGCCGGCGAAGGCGGCGAAGCUGACGCGGCGCAGGAGGCAUCGGACGCCGGGGACGCACGAAAACCGUGGCCGGCACCAGCGACGACGAUGCCGCGGAUGCCGUGCUCGGGAGUGCCGACGAUUGACGCCGCGCUCACGUCGGAGCUUCUCGAGCAAUAUCCGUCGGAGCCGCCCGAGGCGAAGCCGAUUGACGCGGGGACUGUCGCGCGGAACGGGGACAGGACGGCGGCUGGAUACUGGGAUGGAGACGAUAUGGUCGCCGCCGCGGCGGGCAUCGCACCACCUCACGACCCGCCGAGUGCAGACGACGACACAGCAGAGGAUCCGAUUGGUGAGGCAAAGAGAAAGUGA